AAAGUUGCUUUUCUCUUCUAAAUUCCAUUCUUCUCCCAACUUUUCUCUCUUAUUUUUUGCUUUAAAUCUUCACUUUUUUGGGCCUAUUUCACCACCACAAAAUGCUACAAAACAAGGGCGGCCACAGAUACUUGAAGUUCGAUCACGACGACUCCCUCUUCAGUAUUUAGAUUCCUAAACUAUCCUACUUUUUCUUUAACCAAACCCGGCCCUUUUUAACUCAAAACAUCUUACUCAUUGCCUUAUCAAAUGUUAGUAAAAUAUAAUCAGCAAUUAUUCACACGUGCGGUUCUGGAGAUGGCAUGGAUCAUCCUAAGGAUUGACUAUUCUAAGCUUUUCUGGCUCCUCUUUCGUGUCUUCUCAUAUGAAAAUCAUGAGGGAAAGACUCGGAUUUAAUUUCUCUCUUCCUUAUUCAUACACCUCUCUUCAUUUAGGUGCUUAUAAAAACAUAUUAUAUAUAUAGUUUGAGUUUGAAUUUUUACGUUCGUUUCUUUUCCAAGUUUUCUGGGGAUAAAAAAGUUUUCAAGAGAGCUAAAGAUGUACAGAAAGCAAGCUGAUGAAGGCAAGGCAGAGAUUGGAUACGUCGAAACCGAUCCUACUGGUCGGUAUGGUCGAUUAGAUGAAGUUCUUGGCAAAGGAGCAAUGAAAAAAGUGUACAAGGCAAUUGAUGAGGUGUUUGGAGUGGAGGUGGCAUGGAACCAAGUUAAGCUCAAUGAGGUGAUGCGUUCACCGGAUGAUUUGCAGCGUUUGUACUCUGAAGUUCACCUCCUCAGUACACUCAAACAUGACUCCAUCAUUCGAUUCUACACCUCUUGGAUCGAUACACAACAUAAGACCUUUAACUUCAUCACAGAAAUGUUUACUUCAGGAACUCUCCGCGAAUACCGGAGAAAAUAUAACAGAGUAGACAUUCGAGCAAUUAAGAGUUGGGCACGCCAAGUGUUGCAAGGCCUAGUAUAUCUACAUGGCCAUGACCCUCCUGUAAUUCAUAGAGACCUAAAAUGUGACAACAUUUUUGUGAAUGGUCAUCUUGGACAAGUGAAGAUUGGUGAUUUAGGACUUGCGGCAAUUCUUCGUGGAUCAAAAUCAGCUCACAGUGUUAUAGGCACUCCGGAGUUCAUGGCGCCGGAAUUGUAUGAAGAGGAUUACGAUGAACUAGUUGAUGUGUACUCAUUUGGGAUGUGUGUUUUAGAGAUGCUUACAUGUGAAUAUCCAUAUAGUGAAUGUACCAAUCCAGCACAAAUUUACAAGAAAGUUACCUCGGGGAAAUUACCGGGAGCAUUUUACAGAAUUCAAGACUCGGAAGAACAAAGAUUUAUAGGGAAAUGCUUGGUUACAGCCUCAAAGAGAUUGUCUGCAAAAGAACUAUUGCUUGAUCCAUUUUUGGAUUCUGAUGAGGCUAAAUUGUUGUCUAAAACAAAGCAAAUUCCAAAGCCCUUUUUGAAUGAAAAGGAAAUGGAGAAAUUGCAGUUGAGUGAUGAUCGUUCAAGGACUGAUAUGACCAUCACAGGCAAACUUAAUUCUGAAGAUGAUACCCUUAUUCUGAAAGUCCAAAUUGCUGAUAAAGAUGGUUCUGGAAGGAAUGUAUAUUUUCCCUUUGAUAUUGUAAAUGACACACCAUUGGAAGUGGCAAUGGAGAUGGUGAAGGAGCUGGAAAUAACUGAUUGGGAGCCAACUGAAAUAGCAGAAAUGAUUGACGGGGAAAUUUAUGCUUUAGUACCACAUUGGAAGAAAUGGGAUUUGCCUCAUUCUGAAGCUUACCAUACAUUUAAUUACAAAGAUCAUGAAGAUGAUGAGCCAAAUCAUCCUUUGUACUCUUACUCAUCUCGUUCAUCAUCUCAGGUUUCAUUGCCAGGCUUGAUCACACAUAGCUAUAAUUGGCUCCAAGAUGAUUUAUUUGAUGAUACAAGCUCUCAAAGUUCUUCACACUCAGGAACAUACUCCAACUUGAAUUAUUAUUCUGGAGAUGAGCAUCAUCAUCAUAUGAUCAGCCCCAGUAGGUCAGAUCAUAAACAAGUCACAUUCUCAAGACCUCAUCAAAACUCAACAAGAUUUUGCCCUGAAGAAAAUAUUAGUAUUCCCUAUAGACAGUGCAAAGUUCUACUUGAUUCUCAUUCUCAUGGAGCUGCUUCUUCUAAAUCUAAAAGGGUAACCAUGGACACUCGAAAAUUAACGAGGAACUGUUCCCUGGUAGACAUUCGUAGCCAAUUGCUUCACCGAUCGUUGGUCGAAGAAAUUAACAAGAGAAGGUUGUUUAAAACAGUUGGAGCUGUGGAAAAUAUUGGGUUCCAAGCACCUUGUGAGGUUUCUCAUAAAAAGGUGUCAAAAAAGAUUUCAAAGCAGAAGCAGAAGAAUUAGAAUCUUAAUUAGCUAGCUGAUCUCUUGAAAUAUUAAAGCCAUGUUUGAAGAUGGAGGAUCAAAUAAAAUGCUUCACAAUUAUUGGCUGAAAUGACAAGAAGGUAUGUAAAUAAAUACAAUUGAUCAGCCAGUACUAUAAGUUAAUUUUGGGUUGAUAAGUUUAGUUUUAGGUACAACUGAGUGUGAAUAGAUGUGUAUGGUGUGUGCUGUAUGAAUAAAACUUUGUAAUGAAACAAUAAGAUUAUAAACAACGAAUAUGAUGCAUUUAUUAAUCCCUUU